AUGGAAGAGAGAAAUCACUCGGAAGCAACUGAGUUCAUUUUUUUAGGACUGACAGAUAAUCCAGAGCUGAUGGUCCCUCUGUUUUGGGUAUUUCUCCUGAUUUAUAUCAUCACUCUGGUGGGAAACGGAGGGAUGAUCUUGUUAACUACAAUAGACUCAAAGCUCCACACCCCCAUGUACUUUUUCCUCAGGAGUUUGUCUUUCUGUGAUCUCUGCUAUUCCUCGACAAUCGCCCCCAAGAUGCUGCAGAAUUUCUUAGCCGAGAGGAAAAGCAUUUCUCGUGCUUCCUGUGCUGUGCAAAUGUAUUUCUCUAUCUCCCUUGCAGAUAUUGAGUGUCUCUUGCUGGCUGUGAUGGCGUAUGACCGUUAUGUGGCCAUCUGUAACCCGCUGCUUUAUAGGGCCACUAUGUCCCGGCAGCUUUGUAACCUGCUGGUGGCUGGGGUGUAUGCCCUGGGGUUUGUGGAUUCAAUGAUACACACAUGCCUGACAUUUCGGCUAUCCUUCUGCCGCUCCAACAUCAUUAACCAUUUCUUCUGUGAUGUCCCUCCGCUGCUCAUACUCUCUAGUUCUGACACCCGUGUCAAUGAGGUUUUGAUAAUUGCCUUCAGUGGCUGCAUUUUAAUAAGCAGCAUUGUGACCGUCCUCCUCUCCUACGUCUAUAUCAUCUCCACCAUCUUGCAGAUCCGCUCUGCCGCAGGCCGGCACAAAACCUUUUCCACCUGCGCUUUCCACUUGAUCGCAGUGCUUAUGUUCCAUGGCUCCCAACUCUUCAUGUAUUUAAGGUCCACCUCCAGCUAUUCCAUGGACAGGGACAAAGUAGUCUCGGUGUUUUACUCGGUGCUGGUGCCCAUGUUGAACCCCCUCAUCUACAGCCUGAGGAACACGGAGGUGAAAGACUCCCUGAAGAAAGCUGUGAACAAACUCCUAAACAAUUCCUGA